GCAAAUGACUGGGGCCCCGCAUGCAUUUGCCACCCGACGGCUCGAAGCCCACCUUGCCCGCACGGACUUUACGGACCGAGGCCGGGGCUGGCGCUUUCGAGGGCGGAGGCUGGGAGCAUGAGACCCGCGGGCUGGGGGCUGUGCUGGGCCGCCGCCCUGCUCCUCGCAGCUUUGGGGGCGGCAGUGGAAGACAAAUGUGGCAGAAACGAGUUCCAGUGCCAAGAUGGGAAGUGCAUCUCCUACAAGUGGGUUUGUGACGGGAGCGCCGAAUGCCCAGAUGCCUCAGAUGAGUCCCAGGAGACCUGCCUGGCUGUCACCUGUAAGUCCGGGGACUUCAGCUGCGGAGGCCGCGUCAACCGCUGCAUCCCUCACUUCUGGAGAUGUGACGGCCAGGUGGACUGUGAGAAUGGCUCGGACGAGCAAGGCUGUUUACCCAAGACGUGCUCCCAGAACGAGUUCCGCUGCCAGGAUGGGAAGUGCAUUGCCCUGGACUUUGUCUGUGACUCGGACCGGGACUGUCUGGACGGGUCCGACGAGGUGUCCUGCCCCGUGCCCACCUGUGGCCCUGCCAACUUCCAGUGCAACAACUCGGCCUGCAUCCCCGAGCUGUGGGCUUGUGACGGCGACCCCGACUGCAAGGACGGCUCAGAUGAGUGGCCGCGGCACUGCGACGGCCGCAAGCUGUCAGCCCCCCAACACGACAACGGCCCGUGCUCGCUCCUUGAGUUUCACUGCCAGAGCGGCGAAUGUAUCCACUCCAGCUGGCGCUGUGACGGCGGCCCCGACUGCAAGGACAAGUCCGACGAGGAGAACUGCACUGUGGCCACGUGCCGGCCUGAUGAGUUCCAGUGCUCGGACGGGACCUGUAUCCAUGGCAGCCGGCAGUGUGACCGGGAAUAUGAUUGUAAGGACUCAAGCGAUGAGCUUGGAUGCAUCAAUGUGACACUGUGCGAGGGGCCCAGCAAGUUCAAGUGCCACAGCGGCGAAUGCAUCCCGUUGGACAAAGUGUGCAACUCGGUCAGGGACUGUCGGGACUGGUCGGACGAGCCCCUCAAGGAGUGUGGGACCAACGAGUGUCUGGACAACAAGGGCGGCUGUUCCCACAUCUGCAAUGACCUCAAGGUGGGCUACGAGUGUUUGUGUCCUGAGGGCUUCCGGCUGGCGGACCAGCGAAGAUGCGAAGAUAUCGACGAGUGUCAGGACCCCGAUGUGUGCAGCCAGCUGUGCGUGAACCUCGAGGGCAGCUACAAGUGUGACUGUGAGAAGGGCUUCCAGCUGGACCCGCACACCAAGGCCUGCAAGGCUGUGGGCGACAUCGCCUACCUCUUCUUCACCAACCGCCACGAGGUGAGGAAGAUGACCCUGGACCGCAGUGAAUACACCAGCCUCAUCCCGAACCUGAAGAACGUCGUGGCCCUGGACACAGAGGUGGCCAGCAACAGAAUUUACUGGUCUGACCUAUCCCAGAGGAAGAUCUACAGCACCCAGAUCGACAGAGCCCCCGGCUUUUCCACCUAUGACGCCAUCAUCAGCGAGGGCGUCCAGGCCCCCGACGGGCUGGCCGUGGACUGGGUCCACAGCAACAUAUACUGGACAGACUCCAUCCUGGGCACCGUCUCCGUGGCCGACACCAAGGGUGUGAAGAGAAAGACACUGUUCAAGGAGAAAGGCUCCAAGCCACGUGCCAUCGUGGUGGACCCCGCUCACGGCUUCAUGUACUGGACGGAUUGGGGAACCCCCGCCGAGAUCAAGAAGGGGGGUCUGAACGGUGUCGACGUGUACUCGCUCGUGACGGAAGACAUCCAGUGGCCCAAUGGCAUCACCCUGGAUCUUUCUGGUGGCCGCCUCUACUGGGUCGACUCCAAGCUCCACUCCAUCUCCAGCAUUGAUGUCAACGGCGGGAACCGGAAGACCGUUUUGGAGGACAAGAAAAAGCUGGCACACCCCUUCUCCUUGGCCAUCUUCGAGGAUAAAAUAUUUUGGACGGACAUCAUCAACGAAGCCAUUUUCAGUGCCAACCGCCUCACAGGCUCAGACAUUAAUUUGGUGGCAGAAAACCUGUUGUCCCCGGAGGACAUUGUCCUUUUUCACAACCUCACACAGCCAAAAGGGGUGAACUGGUGUGAGAGGACCGCCCUUCGCAACGGUGGCUGCCAGUACCUGUGUCUCCCGGCCCCGCAGAUCAACCCCCACUCGCCCAAGUUCACCUGUGCCUGCCCUGAUGGCAUGCUGCUGGCCAAGGACAUGAGGAGCUGCCUCACAGGGCCUGAGCCUGGAGCGACCACCCAGGGCACCUCCACGAUCACGGUCAGGCCGACGGUCCGCUCCACAACCGUGGAGCCAAAGCACACAGCCAGCCCGCAGUCCGUGGCCAGCCCUGAGUUCACCACGGCUGAGAUGGUGACGAUGUCCCACUACGCCCUGGGCGACGCGGCCAGCAGAGGAGACGAGAAGAGGCCCAGGAGCGUGGGGGCGCUGUACAUCAUCCUCCCCAUCGUCCUGCUCACCCUCCUGUGCUUCGGGACCUUCCUCCUCUGGAAGAACUGGCGGCUGCGGAGCAUCAACAGCAUCAACUUCGACAACCCCGUGUACCAGAAGACCACGGAGGACGAGGUCCACAUCUGCUGCAGCCCAGACGGCUACACCUACCCUUCGAGACAGAUGGUCAGCCUGGAGGACGAGGCGGCGUGAGCUGCCGCUUCCAGGUCCGUCCUUCCCCGGAACCUGCUGCUGGUCACGGGCAGGAAGAACACUUUCUCCCCAGACCCUUGACCU